AUGUAUCAGGAAUCGUUCAAUUCCGUCGCCAUAUUAUGCAUAAUAGCCACGGAAUUUUGCGAGAGAUUCGCUUUUUCCGGCUUAAGAACGAUUCUAUCGAUAUAUCUGCGAAACGUUUUAUUAUUGUCGGAAUGUACGUCGACCGUUAUCUACCAUGGCUUUCUGAUGGUGUGUUAUAUUGUUCCAAUGGCUGGAGCUAUUUGUGCUGACGUGUAUUUUGGGAGAUACAGGACUAUAAGGAACUUCGGGAUUGUUUAUUUAAUAGGACACGUGCUUAUUUUUAUUGCUGCUGUUCCUAUAAUCAGUAUAUACCCGGCUUUAUUUUUCUUCGUCGGUUUGACGCUGAUAGCGAUCGGAACUGGCGGUAUAAAACCUUGCGUAGCGGCGUUCGGCGCCGAGCAAUUCAAUCUGCCGGCCCAAAAGGACCUCCUCAUACAUUUUUUCUCCGUAUUUUAUUUCACGAUAAAUCUGGGCGGGUUCGUGGGUAUGACCUUGACCCCCGUACUGCGGAAGGUGUCCUGCUUCGGCGACGACACUUGCUACGCUCUGGCCUUCGGAUUCCCAGCCGCGCUUAUGAUCCUCUCAAUGCUUCUGUUCGUCGUCGGCAAAAAUUUCUACAAACUCAAAUCGCCCAAAAAGAAAAUUUUGGUGGAAUUUUUGAAGUGCGGUUGGUACGCUGUGACGUUUAGAUUUAGGACGGGGACGCGUUCCAGUCAUUGGUUAGACGUCGCCGAAGAUAAAUUCAAUCAUCAACUUGUCGCCGAUAUGAAGAUCGUAUCUGGAAUAUUGUUUUUGUUUGUGCCGUUGCCGAUUUUUUGGUCGCUGUUCGAUCAACAGGGAUCCCGGUGGACGUUUCAAGCGUCUCAUAUGAACGGAGAUAUUCUUGGACCUAUCGACGUCGCUCCAGACCAAAUGCAAGUGAUUAACCCCGCCCUAGUACUCAUAAUAAUCCCCAUAUUAGACAGGGUGUUCUACCCUUGUUUUUCUCGAUACAAUUUUUUGCAAAAUUCCUUACAUCGAAUGGCUUUCGGAGGUUUAAUUGCAGGUGUCGCUUUUUUUUCGGCGGGUGUUUUGGAAUUAGUUCUAGAAACGACUUACCCUCGUCUGCCGGAAAAACAUCAAGCCGCCGUUAACAUUAUCAACACUCUACCAUGUAAUCUCAAGGUUACAAACCCUUUCGACGAUAUUCAGAUGGUAAACGCAGGCCACAUUAUUAGAUUUAAUAAUAUAGUUUGUUACAAUCAUACCUCGUAUAAGUUGUAUGUCGAAGCGCCGUUUUUUUGCGGAAAUUUAGAAAUCCGUAGACGCAGGUUCGAAAUGAACGUGGUAUGUUUUGAAUACCAGAUCUAUUCGAUAUUUAUUGGAAUCGAUCAACAGAACGGUGUUCAAUCAUUCGUAAUCGAUCCGGUAGAUUUCAAUAAAUCAUUAAAUGGCUAUCCAAGAAUCAGAAUUAUUUAUAUAAGAAAUACAAAUUAUCUACAUAAUGUAACGGUGUCUUUGAAAAAUCAAAUUGGAACACAGGAUAUGUACUUUGUACCGAAUUCAGAUCGUCCAAGCGUCGCGAAAAGUGCGUACAUGGAACUACCACACGGAGUGUACGAAUGUCAAAUUAGUAGUACAGAAGAAAAAAUACUCUAUGAAAAACUAUUCCAUUUAGCCCUUGGGGGAGUGUAUUCUUUGGUUAUAAGAGAAAAUAAAGAGCAAAUUGGAUUUGUUAAACUUUUUGCGAUGGCCGUACCUAAUACUGUGAGCAUUUUAUGGCAGUUGCCUCAGUAUUUUUUAAUAUCGGUUGCGGAAAUUAUGUUCGGAGUUGCCGGACUGGAAUUUUCGUUUACGCAAGCACCUAGAAGUAUGAAAACAGUAACGAUCGCUGGUUGGUACUUAUCUGUAGCUGUGGGUAACCUCCUGGUUACUGUUAUAACGCAAUUAAAUAUAUUUAAAAGUCAGGCAAAUGAAUUUUUUCUUUUUGCCAUAUUAAUCGUGGCUGAUAUGAUGGUUUUUAUGGAAAUGGCGUCUCAUUAUACUUUCGUCACGAUUAAAGAAUCGUCGACAACAAUCACAACAGGAUGUACAGUUACAGACGAAAUAAUACCAUUUAUUGAAUCUAUUGAAAGCGAUAAUUCGAGCGAAUGAUUCUAUAAUUGUAUUGAUAAUGAAAUAAAACGAUACUUUUUAUCAUU